CUUAUACUUGGUGCGAGACACUACCCAAAUAGCACAUGACGUCCUCAGGAUCAUCCUGAAUAUGUCCUAGGACGUCCUGGGAUGCCUUGAGGAAAAUUGUAUAUUCUCAGGAUGUUUUGGGAUGACCUUAGGAUGUCCUUUAUAGGAUAUCCUUAGGAUAUCCGUUAAAGGACAUCCUAAGGAUAUCCUAUAAAGGACAUCCUAAUUUUCUUUAAGAUAUAUUUAGGAGAACAUAAGGACGAAUUCAGUAAAGCCACAGAACAUAUUGAGAGUAGUAUAAAGGCAUGUUCGGAAAAGCCAUAGAAUGUCCGGUAUAAAUACAGAGACGACGUCCUAAGGACAUUUUUAUAGGACAUUUUUAGGAUUUCUCUGAAAUAUUCGAUGUUAUGCACAAAUGUGACUAGAUGUAAUAAAUUAGUUAUUAGUUAUUAGUUUUCGCGUUAUAUAAUAUACAUAUAUUUAUGUAUUAUGACGAAAUCAUUUAUAUAAGAUAUAACUUUUAUCUUAAUUAUACAAGAAUAUGAGUGGUCGAGGACAUAAGAUGGAAGACUGAAGAGCUGAUGAUCCCAGGUUCGAAUCCAGCAGUGGUAAAACAUAUUUUUCACAUAUGAUAUUUUAAGUAUAAGAUAAUAUAAGAGAUUAGAAGGUAUUACUCUACUGAUGUAGAGAGAAUAAAAAUAUCUUAACAAAUAAAAAAUUUAUUUUUAAUUUUUUUUGUUUUGCAAGUUCUUCACUGUCUAGCCCCGGCUAGAUAAGUACGAGUUGUGGGUUUUUAGGUAGCCGCUAGAUAAUUUUUCGCGCCUAAUUACUAGCAGAAAUGAGCGUUACAUUCCCAACUAGUAACUAGACAGUAUUGCUGCUUAGUGGCGAGAUACGACACAAUUUUUCUAGGCCGUUACUUAUAGACAGCCACUAGAUUCAAUUGUUACUCGGGAUUCUAUGGCUAUCCCAAAAAUGUCCUUAUAAUGUUCUGAAGUACGUCCUGUGGACUUCCUGAAGAACUUUCUGAGGACGUCUUCGGGACCUCGUGAGGAUAUAAUGAGGCGCGCAUCGGGUGUUCCACAGAAUGUCCUCAGGAGGUCCCGGGACUAAAAUGGGACGUCCCCAAACGUCCUGACGUCCCGUCCUGGAUAUUCUGAGGACGUCUUCAGGACGUCCUUGUGCUAUUUGGGUACCAUGUCUCGUGAUCUGUAACAUUAUACAUAAUGAUAUCUAAACUUUUUUCCCGGGUUUAUUCUCCAUUUCUGAUGCGAUGCCAAAAAACUACUUGACAGAUCGAAACACAAGAAAGUACUAAAUCACGUCUGAAAUAUCUGUUGUUAAAAUAUAAAAUGAUUUUGUGUUUAAAGUGAGUUUAGGCAUCAGUAAACGUGACUAGCGGCAUCUCUGUGUGAAAAAUGAAAUUACUGUCCGAACAACCAAUAUUUGUAUUAUUUUUUAUAUAUAUUGUUCUUCCGCGCUGCUGCGGCUGAAUUUCUGGCUGAAUCGGAUUGCGAUCGUGAAUGUGAUUGAGAGGAAUCGAAUAGAGUUUCCUAAUGACGACCCUGGCAACAAAGUUGUCUUGUCCGGAGCUAUGGAAUCGUUUGGACAUACUCUCUCUUGUAUCGGACUUGAAUUAACGUCCUUCGUCACGUUCUAUAAUCUGUCUCGCUUUAUUUCGCCGCGUGUGUGUAAGUGCAGCAUAUGAGAGUUCUGGGAAGUAAUGCAGUCGACGCAGACCUGACGUAACAUCUUUUGAGACCCGGAAUUCUCACACGCUGCACUCUCAAACUUACAUGCGACGAAAUAAAAUAAGACAGAUUUCGAGACGAGGCAAAGACGUUCAUUCAAGUCCGAUACAAGAAAUAGCAACAUGAUUUUAUAGCUCAAGGCAGAAGACAACAACUUCGUUGCCAGGGCCGUCGUUCGGGAAGUCGGGAACGCAACGUGAUUCCUCUCGAUCACAGUUCCAUUCUUGUAAACUCAUGACCGUAGCAGCGCAACAGUAUGUAUUUAUUCUUUAUUUGUAUCUCAAUUUUAUGUUCUACAAUAAGUGUAGGUAACUUUAGUAUUAAUUAUUUCCAGUUAUCGAAUACAGCAGGCAAUGGCGUUUAAUACUUUACAAACAACUACAGAAAACGAGUAUUUUAUUUUUAAAGGAAUGGUUUGUGCUAUAGAUAUGCACCGCAAUACUCUGAAGUUCCUAAAUCUUUUUAUAUCUACAUUUGAUAUAUUCUACUUUUUUCUAAUAGCCGCUGCAGUGAUUGCCUCAAGUCUUAAUCUUUUUCGGAUUUUUCAGGGAAUAUCAUCAGGAAAUAAUGUUGAAGAAUUAAUACCGCCCUUUCUAUUUUUAUCUGCUCAAUAUACAUACAUGUUUGUGGCAAAUAAUAUUUCGCAACAAAUUAUGGACCAUAACGAUCACGUAUUUGCUACUGUGUAAGAAAUAUUCACAUACAGAAAAUAUUUAACUUUUAUAAUAGAAUAUAAAAUUAAUUCAGGUGAAAUAUAAUUACUAAGCAAAAUAGAAAAUAAUGUUUAAUGUAACUUUUACAAAUGCACAGGUUUUUUACAUUGCUUCAUUAAAAUGCAGCAAAGAGUAAUUAUCUUUCAUAUCCUUUUAACAUUGAAAGAUAUUGAAUUCCAAUUUUCAAAUUGCUCUAUCACAAUUUUGAGAUUCAAAGUUAAAAUUGUAAGAAAGGGUUUGUUCCUUAGGACAUCUUUGUAUUAUACAUCCUAAAUGUACUAAGAAUACAGUAGGACUUCGGUACCUAUAGUUCUCGUAUCCGGGAGAGGCUCACUUAAACACAAUACAAAUGGACACUGUGCAAAUGGACACGGAAUAUUGCACACGGUUCAUUUGAACACAGAAAUUUUUGACACAUAAAAGUUGCACACCGUAAAGUUGAACACUGCGCAAAUGGACACCGUUUUUUUUUAAAGUUUCAGACCAUAAUGUUGGACACGGUGUACGUGGACACUGUAAAUUUGGACACUGAGCAGGUGGACACCGCUCAUUUGCACACGAUAAAAGUUGCACACUGAAAAGUUGGACACGGGACAAAUGGACAUCGCUCAUUUGCACAUAGUAAAAGUUGCACGCCAAAAAGUUAGACACGGCUCAAGUGGAUACCGUUCAUGA